AUGUCGCCUUUCCCAAUCACCGGUGACCCUCUUCUGGAACAGCCCGCUUUCACUCGCACGCGAAAGAUGCGAGUGGUCUGCAUUGGCGCUGGGUUCUCGGGUCUACUUGUUGCGCACAAGGUCCAACAUGAGUUAAAGUUGGAGGACGAAGUUGACUUGACUAUCUACGAGAAGAAUGCAGAUAUCGGUGGAACUUGGUUCGAAAACACUUACCCGGGUGCCGCUUGUGAUUUCCCUGCUCACGCGUAUGUCUUUCCAUUCGAGGGAAACCCGGACUGGAGCAGGUUUUAUGUCGGCCAAGAGGAAAUCCAAGAUUACAUAAAACGCACAGCUGAAAAGUACAAUUUGACCAAGUAUGUCCAGCUCAAUACCACCAUGAAGGAAACGAUAUGGGAUGAAGAGUCAGGUAAAUGGAAGAUCAAAAUUGAACAGGGCGGUGAGAUCAAGGAAGACGAAGCAGAUUUUGUCAUCAACGCAUCAGGGUUCCUGAACAAGUGGAAGUGGCCUGAUAUCCCGGGUCUCUUUGACUUCAAGGGCAAGCUCAUGCACAGCGCAAAAUGGGACAACACUUAUGACUGGACACGUAAAAAGGUGGCUGUCAUUGGCAAUGGAGCUUCCGGAAUACAGCUUGUGACCGCCAUGCAGCCCAAGGUCGAAAACCUUGUUAACUACAUGCGCCAGCCCACAUGGAUAUCUGUCAACUUCUUGAUUGAGAAAGCUCCCGACGGUGUCAAUCGUGAAUAUACUGAGGAACAAAGACAGUUAUGGAACAAAGAUCCCCAGGCUCUUUAUGAUUACAGAAAGGAGCUUGAAAAGUCAAUCAAUGCCUUCUUCUUUGUCAUGUGUCUCGACCACCCCGCACAACCGUUCUAUGAAGGGCUAUGCAACGAAAGAAUGCAUGCUUCUAUGAAGAAUGACCCUGAACUUGAGAAGCGAAUGGCUCCCAAGUUUCGACCCGGAUGCCGUCGCAUCACACCAGGUGAAGGUUACCUUGAGGCUUUGCAAGAAGACAACUGCCGAGAUUGUUGGGAUCCUAUCAAGCGUAUCACAGAAGAGGGGAUUGAGACAGAUCAAGGAGUGGAGAAGUUUGACCUCAUCGUGUGUGCCACCGGAUUUGACAGCUCAUGGCUUCCCCAGUGGAAGCAGGUGGGCCGUAACGGUGCCACUCUUGAAGAACUAUGGAAGGACGACCCUGAGGCUUUCUUUGCGUCUAUGGUCAGUCAUAUGCCGAACUAUGCCAUGAUUAACGGACCAAACGCGGCCAUCUCUCAUGGUUCUGUGAUACAACAGAUGUCCUGGACCGCAGACUUUAUUCUCAAGUGGAUCAAGUAUAUGAAUCGUCACCAAAUCAAGACCCUUUGCGUCAAGGAAGAAGCAGUCAAGGACUACAACGAGUAUACGCAAGAGUUCCUAAAGCGUACCGUAUGGUCCGGGGAGUGCCGUACUCUUUACAAGAAUGGUCGCUCGCAAGGACGCAUCACCGGCGUAUAUGCUGGAUCAGUUGUUCACUUCCAAAAGGGCCUAGAAGAGGUUGGAGGUGAGAAUUUUGACAUGACCUGGAGACACAAGAACCGGUUCCUCUGCCUUGGUAAUGGCACAGUAGAGACUGAUGAAAUGGGGGCUGGUGAUCUUGCGCCUUAUUUCGCAGCCUAUGCGCCCUCCUCAAAGAACUGA